AUGUUACCAAAAAGAUUUCCUACUCCAAUUAUGAAGCCAUUGUGGCCUUUCUUUAUCGGUGGUGCUACUGUGUUUUGUUUAAUGGGUAAGGCUGCUGAUUUAUCUGCCGGUACAAAGGAAUUCAUCAAUGACCCAAGAAACCCAAGAUUUGCUAGAGGUGAAAAACCUGUUGAAAACCCACAAUAA